AUGUCCCGCCUCGCCGAACUGGAGCAGGCGCUGAACGAGGAGAAGGCGCGGCUGCUACGCCUGGAGGCGGAGGAGGCGGAGAGGGAGAGGACCCGUCAGGCGGAGGAGGUGGAGAGGGCCCGUCAGGCCCCGGAACCUUCGGGGUCUGGGAAGGGGGCGAAGCGGAAGGCUCCGGAGGAGGGUGAAAAGGUCGUCCGCGUGACUGCGACGACGGCCUGUGACCGGUGCGCGGAACGCGGGGAGAAGUGCGAGUUCAACUCCUCGGCACCCCGGGUCUCCUCGUGCGUGAACUGCCAGAGGGCGAAGGAGGGCGCGUGCGUCGGGGCCAAGGGGCUCCCGAGGGCGCUGCAGAGGCGGGUGGACAACAAGGAAGUCAAGAAGAAGGACGAGGAGAGCAGUCCCGCCCGCAAGAAGGCCCGGACCGACGAACCCACGGGGGCGGAAGCCCCGAAGGCCGUAGCCCCGAAGCCCAAGUCCGUCCCCAAGUCGGCCGCGAUCAUUGUGGACGAGGACGAGGACGGGGUGGCGCCGGAAGUUCCGGAGGUGCCGGUAGCCCCAAAGGGCCGGAAGGACCGGAAGGGUAAGGAGAAGGCGCUGCCGGACCUGUCGGCGGACGAGACGGACGUGGAGGGCCCCGGGGGCGACUUCGACAUCGCGGAAGGCCCCGGAGAGAUCGCUCUCGACGACAAGGACGCGACCUGGUCGAAGAGGUUCGGGCGCCCGUACACCGACCGGGAGUUGGUGUACCGACUCCUGGUCGAGUGCCAGAAGAACCGCCAGGAGCUCGCCCGCCUCCGGGAGUUCCUCGACGGCGAGGAGGACUUCCACCGGGGGUUGCUGAAGGACGAGGCCCGGGCACUGCGCGAGACCGCGGAGAACUCCGUCUCUGCGGUCCUCAAGAAGAGCCUGGGCUCCGGGUUUGCGGAGGCCAUCUCCGCAGACCUCCGGGACGUCGUCCGGGAGGAGGUAAACGCCGCUGUGCGGGGUUUACUCGCGGGAAUCCGGGACCAGUUCCGGGAGGACGCCGCGAACGCGAUGCGCGUCGUCCUCGCAGAGCACGAGGAGUUGAAGGAGAUGGCGGAGCUCCAGUCCCCGACUCCGAAGACGUCGGGGGUUCCGGUGGCUCCGGUGGUUGAUAGGGAGGAGAGUGAGGACGGGAGCGGAAGUGGAAGUGGGAGCGAGAGCGAGAGCGGGAGCGGGAGUGGAGACGAGUAG